AUGCAAUUGAAUUGGGUUGAUGUAUUUAAAAAAAUAGAGAACAUAAGUGAAGCAUUUAUUCUCGUUUCUAAGGAAUAUUCUAAUUUGGUUGAAAAUAUUUAUGACAAAAUUGUAGAACAUAAAAAAGAAAUCAAUCUGUUUAUAAUAAAUGCCGAUAACAUUAUUUGUAGCCUCAAACAUAAAAAAACGGACUUGGUUAUUUUAUUAGGCGUAGAAUGUCCAGAGCAUGGUUUUGAAAAUGCAAUUUAUCUACAAGAUAAACUUGGUGAUGAAGAAAUAAAACAUAUUAAUACAUUUAGUAACGUGUAUUUUGAUUCUACUUAUUUGCAAUACAAAUCACAUAGUUAUAUCCAAAAUCAAGAAUUAUUAGUAGUCACAAAAAAUGAAGCGAUUUUACGAUAUUUUUCAAGAAAAAUGCAUGUCAAGCCUUUUUAUAAUUUUGACAUAGAAAACCGAUUCGAUUAUCUUACACGUAGAAUUAAUUUAGCAGAAAUCGCAAAAAAUAAUAAAACUUUUGCAAUUAUUUUUGUGCACGAAACCUAUUUAAGCCUAGCUGUUAAAAUUAAAAAAUCCUUGGAAAACAGAGGAAGAUGUGGAUACCUUUUAUUUCUUAGAAAUAUUAGAUAUUCGAGAUUGGUCACAAUAGAAAAUAUAGAUACACUGGUUUUAAUAGAUUGUCCUGCCUAUGAUAAUUUUAAUAUUGAUGUAACACUUCCAAUUUUAUCGCCAGCCGAUGUCCAAUACAUUUUAAGUAAAAAAUGGGAUCCUAAAUAUGAAAUUAAUAAAUUUGAUAUUUCUGUUGAAAAUUGUAAAGAAAAGGAUAUUUGUAUAUAUCAAGGAGCAGGCAAGCUAAUUUUAGAUAGUGAUUUCUUUGGAGUAGAAUUUUCGAGUAAAGAUGAUGACGAUUUAGAAAUAUAUGAAGGAAAAAGUGGUAUAGCGAGUGAAUAUACACACGAAUAG